GUCAAAAUGGCCAAACCGGUGUCCAUCACGUCCUCGGAGCAGUUUUUUCAGUUGCUCACAUCUACCAAAAUCCUUAUCGCAGAUUUUUAUGCCGAUUGGUGCCAGCCAUGCAAAGUCAUCGCCCCGGUUUUCGAGCAAUUGUCCACUCAACUAUCGCGUCCAAACCAAAUGUCAUUUGUCAAGAUCAAUGUUGACGAGCAACAGGAGAUAUCCCAGGCCUUUGGUGUUACUGCAAUGCCAACAUUCCUGAUAUUCAAGGACGGCGACGUUGUCCAAACGAUCCAAGGCGCAAACUCAAGAGGUCUCACCGAUGCAGUCAGGAAAUUCGCCGCGGGUGGCGAAGGCGGAGACACUGGGGCAGCGGCUGGUGGUGAAUCCUCAGAAAGUGGAAGCAAUUGGUUAGGAGCUGCUGUUCCCAAGGGCUACCAGGACAUCACCGACCAGGUCGAUCUCAAGGGCAUAGACUUAUUAAACUGCGACAACGACAUUGGACCUGGAAAAAACAUUUUCGAGAGGUCGCAGCCUUCGGCACUCAAACCAAAGGCCAAAGAGGAGAGCAAACCGGACUGGGUGGAGAGUGACACAGACGAGCAGCUGAUGCUGUUCAUGCCAUUUAACGCGUCGCUGAAGAUUCAUUCAUUGCAUAUUACCUCUCUUCCUCCAAAAGAUGAGGACGACGAAGUCCCCAUGCGCCCUAAGACAAUAAAGCUAUACACGAAUCGGUCACACAUUAUCGGUUUCGACGAAGCCGACGAUGUUCAGCCAACGCAGGAGGUUACGAUUGAGCCUAGAGACUGGGAUGCGAAAACGGGAACUGCGAAGGUUGACCUGCGCUUCGUCAAGUUCCAGCGAGUUGCAUCUUUAGUCGUAUACUUCGUAGACGGGGACGGGGAUGGUGAAAAGAUCCGAGUUGAUAGGAUACGACUCUUUGGUGAUUCGGGAGAGAAGAUGGAGAUGGGAAAGCUGGAGAAAUUUGGCGAACCAGGAGGAGAGUAGGCUAAACAGAGCAGCUUCUUGAACAGCCUGCCGCGAGACCUCUCUGCAGCAGAUAGCUACAAUACUGAUUGGGACUCCGGGGGGUCAUCGUGAAAAUCUCUGACCUCCAAAGAUCCAAUGACGAAGCCAGGCAA